CAGGGUCCUCCAUGCGUGCGUCUUGUAUGCUUCUGCACCUUUCUUUCAUCCGAGCUGCCUGGUUAUUGACGCUUUUCAUUCACUCAACUGCCUUUCUCACACAAAAACCAUUGUCAUAUUGUCGAAGCAUUUCCUUUGUCUGAUCGUAUUGUUUUGUGGUAUUCAAUGUCUUCUCAGUCGUCUUGAACAUUAUAGACUCGCCUUGCUCUCUUUUUUGCCACGCAGCAAAUUAAUCCUUGUUUCUAUAUCUAGAUGAUGAUAUUCUUUGUAUCUUAGAGCUUGCUUUUCCUUUCACUAACAUUGCUUCUCCUUCGAUAGCAUAAUACUCGUGCACCGACAGCUCAAUGGCUUCCAACGUCCAGAUUAACCAGUCUUCUCUCCGACCUCCUGCAGUCCCCAACUUUCCUCUUUCCUCUCCGAUAACAGAGGAAGUAUCGAGCCUGAGCUGUUCCUCGGGGGACAUGGACAUGGAAAAAAGUAAAACAAUUGAAUCUCACGUCCGACGCCAUAUCGCAGCCUCGCACAAUGUCGCAGAGGACAUGGGAAAUCAAACCGAUACGGCUCUGGGGAUGUAUCUCGAUCCUUCCAGUGCCGAACAUGUUCGACGCAGGCCUUCCACAGAAAAGCAAUAUAAAUCGAACCGAAGACAGAGUAUUCACGGCAUUGUUAAGAAGCAGAAACCGACAGGUCUUAGCUUGAUCACAGAUUUCUCAAGGACAGAGUCCAGCAAACGAAAAGAGGAGCCUCCAGCGCCCUUCGUGGACCUUAAUGACUUGAAGUUGCUAUCGAAAACUAGGGAGAAACAAAGGUCUGCGAAGAAGAUAAAGCACAUUUUGCGGAGGGUGCCUCAUGCGGGAUAUCAUGAGCUUGAAGGUGGAUCUUCUGAACCACAGCCACUCCAGCACCAAUUGACCAGCCAAAAUGGCACUGGGCAGACAAAUUCUGUUCAAGGGCCCCAUGGUCUGUCGCCAUCGGAUAGGCCGAUCGUCAUUGGGAUGCAGUUUCCGUAUGAUGCCGAAAGAAAUAAGGAGGACGGGGUCAACAUACUGUUGUCUAAAGAGCCGGAAAGCGCUCAGAGCCAGGCUACGCCAAUUACACCAUCUAUAAUAGUCACACCUGCUACUGAGGAUCCAGAUUGGGUAACUGAUACCACCGGACCUCGUCACCCUCGCCCGACAUCCAGCAUUUACUCGGACCACACGCUACACGCUUCCAGGAGAGAAAUUGAUAUUCCUCCAGUACCUGCGAUUCCAGAGCAACAUAGAACUGAGAAGCUUACCAAGGAGAACUCUCUAGUGUCGUCUUCGGAUCCCACAGUUUCACAGAGCAAACAGCGACCGUUUUCAUCCGGAACGGUGUUUGAGGAGGACGAAAGCCCGGGGCCUACUAGCGGUGGACAAUCCUUGGCUAGAGACACAAUACUCCAUCGCUUGAGUAUCAACACGGAUACAAACAGACACCAGUCGCAAGGAUGGUGGACGUAUCUACUUUCUCCUCUUCUAAGCAGGUCCAGCACCAUGAUGACUCGAAAGAGGACUCCCGAUACGGAGCGGCCUUCUAUGCCAUCAGCCUCUGCAGCAUCAGUCACUUCUACAAAUUCAAGUGAGAAAUGGUGGGAGAAAACCAGCUUUUCUCCAGAAACACCGAAGACAUCUACCACCAGACAGAGCGCCGUGACGACGUGGUCCAACAUUGGGGAACGAUCUUUAGCCGAAAAGGAUGAAAGCAAUGAUCCGUUUACCGACUUCAGCCAAUGCUUUGCAACGGAUUCUUUCUUUGACACCGGCGGUCGAAUAGCGGGCUCCGCUGCUGAGUACUACCAAGCUUGCGCAAGUGAACUGCUAAGCAGAACACCAUAUUUCGAAUGUGUCAAUCAUGUGUGCUCGGUUACUCCCAGAGACCGAGCAGUGGUCGUGGACAGCCCGGAAAUUACUGCAGAUAGCGAUCAUGACCAUAUUGUGGUUAAUCCGAAUAACCCAUUCACCACUGGCAACACAGGAUCUAACCGUGAACGCUCGGACUCUGAAUCAACGAUCAUCGAGGAAGGAUCUGUUGCUUCACCCAGCGAAAAUUCGGCUCGAGUUCGCAGCGUUGAGUCGCCAGUUCGUGGGGUCAGAUCUGAAACGUCCCCCGUCGCAUCUAGGCGUGAGUCAUUUGCGGGGAGAUCGAGACCACCAGCACAACCUUCAGAAGCGCCUUUUGAGUCACGAAGCGCGGAGAGUGACCAUACAGAUGCAGCAAAUCCUCCACCAUAUUCACAUUUCGAGACGGGGAGGUCCUUCCCCCGUUACAGGGCGGUCUUCCCACCAGCGCGCCCUGCCCAACCAGAGUCCCCGGAUCCAAUAUCUCCAGGAUUUCAAGAGACGAUGGUGAGCAGAGGAUCGCUGCCGAUGGCUGAUAUAGAACAACCGCGCCAACCUCUGCCAGCAUAUAAUUCGGAUACUCGCUCCGUUGGGUUGCCUCCUCGUCCAGGUCUUCCAGUUACGAUAGCCGACAUGGGCCACCCCAGUACUGCACAGAACGAAGCAGAAACUCGACGAAGGAGACUGGAGAAGGAGGAUGCUAUUGGUAGGAAAGUCGGAGGUCUCUGGCGCGGUAGGGGUCCCUUUAGCAAGAAAGGCUGUUUUGGAAGACCGGGCCGUGAGGGAAGAGUGAGACGCAGGUGGUACAUCGGGCUUGGGGCCAUCUUCCUCCUUAUAGUUGUCCUCGCGAUUGCACUAGCCACGACGCUCACGAGGAAGGGUGACGAUACUCCUGUUCAGUCUCAGUGGCUUAAUCUAACGGGAUAUCCGCCGAUGCCAACGGGUAUCUCCACCAUUGCGGGCCCCGAAGCUCAUGUGGAGAAUACGGGGUGCGUCCAUCCAUCGACAAUGUGGAGCUGUGCGCUCCCCAAAGAGCAACAUGCGAUGAACAGUCCGUAUAGCGCAGACGAACCGAAUUUCAGAGUUCAGAUCAGGUUCCACAAUGGCACCUACGGCAAUUCGACUACGGUUGCGUCGAAAUCUACACGGACUGCGAAGAGGUCCAUUCCGGGCUCAAACGUAGCAGUUCGUUCAGUCUGGAAACGACUGCUUCGACCGAGAGAUCUCUUUGCUGAGAAUCUCUUCGAUCCCUCGCCGGCAGCUCCUAGCAUCAAGGAUCAGAUAUUUCUGGGAAAUACCACGGAUAACAAUACGGUCCCUUAUGCUGGAGAAGAGACGCCUUUUUUCAUCACCAUCUUGUCACCGGCUAAAGUUUCAGCGUCACGUCUCACCCGACGGGCGGAUGACAACGCCUUUCCGAAUCUUACUUCAGUUAUUCCAGGUCCUGACAUUGCUAGUGACGGGACUGCAGCGGCAGCUAAUCUUUAUCCGUUACCUGUAUCUCAGCCCAUCCGCUUAUACAACCGCGGUUUGCCAAGUGAGCAUUACGGCUUCUAUACGUACUUUGAUCGAUCCAUAUUUCUGAAAUCCACCGCUCCUCUGAAUGACAGCGACACUGGAGAAGUUCCUGAUGACGAGGACGGUGGAUCGACGAAAUCUGAGGCCCACGUCCGAUGUACGUGGUCACAGACGCGUUUUCUGGUUCAAAUCUGGACGCAGCCAGAUCGCUCCAGUAUGACACUUAUUGGAAAUUCAAGUACCAAGGCUUCUGCCGCUUCGUCGCGGGCGACGGACUCAGGCGAUGCGCAAAACGUGACCAGUUCCUCUGCGGACGAUUUCACGCGCCCCGGUUCCUUUCCUUACCCAGUAACCAUCACCUUGGAUCGCCAUGGAGGCAACACCAAGGAGAAGAUGGUCUACUGCUAUGGCAUGGACGAUCGGGAACGCAUCAUCCCAACGGAUAAAAAGCUUCAGCUGGAAUUUCGCGGGUUUGGAGGGACGUUGAUCAAUCCAGCUCCGGGGAUAUUCAAUAUCACCAAUGACAGUGACUCCGAUUCUUUGGUGGGCAUAGACGGGGGCACAGGAGGCUGCUCGUGCCAGUGGAGGAACUGGAUUCAGACCUUGUAGUGUUGAGCGCUACUAGCCAUUGGAUGUUUUGCUCUUUAGAUAUGAAGUUGACGGCUGAUUGACUCGAUUAAUGUACGGAACUUGUUGAGGCUAGGAACUCAUGUUCACUCAUUUUGUCCUUCUAGGAUGUAUGCAUAAUCUAUAUAUCUCUCAUCAUUGGCAUGUAACUGCAUCAAUAAGGCCC